CCAGGACCCCUGGGUUAGUCUUGCACGUGUGAAUGCAAAGGGAAUAAUGGGAAAUGGGAUCAGAAUGGUUCCGCUGUGGCCAGCCUUGAGACACGGGUGUUUGCUUCUCCCUCUCUCCUCCACAUUUCCUCACUUUCCUUUUCCCUUGUUUCCUCCGCUCCCUCCCUCCCUCGCUUCCUUAGGGUCCGACUGUCAGCACCAGGCCGUCUGCGAAGGCUGCCAGCGGCCCAUCUCCGACCGCUUCCUGAUGCGCGUCAACGAGUCCUCGUGGCACGAAGAAUGCCUGCAGUGUGCCGCGUGUCAGCAGGCCCUCACCACCAGCUGCUACUUCCGGGACCGCAAACUCUACUGCAAGCAAGACUACCAACAAUUGUUUGCUGCAAAAUGCAGUGGUUGUAUGGAGAAGAUUGCGCCGACAGAAUUUGUGAUGCGGGCGCUGGAGUGCGUUUACCACCUGAGCUGCUUUUGCUGUUGUGUCUGCGAGCGGCAACUGAGGAAGGGGGACGAGUUCGUGCUGAAGGAGGGCCAACUCCUCUGCAAAAGUGACUAUGAGAAAGAGAAAGAUCUGCUCAGCUCUGUCAGCCCCGACGACUCCGAUUCCGUCAAAAGCGACGAUGACGACGGGGACGUGAAACCCACCAAAGGACAAGCAAACCCAGGGAAAGGCGGCGACGAUGGAAAAGACCCACGGAGGCCGAAACGGCCACGGACGAUACUCACAACCCAACAGAGGAGAGCCUUCAAAGCCUCAUUCGAAGUCUCUUCGAAACCUUGUAGGAAGGUGAGAGAAACACUAGCAGCUGAAACGGGUCUCAGUGUCCGCGUUGUCCAGGUGUGGUUUCAGAACCAAAGAGCAAAGAUGAAGAAACUGGCCCGGCGGCAUCAACAGCAGCAAGAGCAGCAGAAUUCACAACGGCUCGGUCAAGAAGUGAUGUCCAACCGGAUGGAAGGGAUGAUGACAUCGUACACGCCCCUAGCAGCUCCGCAGCAGCAGAUCGUAGCGAUGGACCAGAACAGCUAUGCCACUGACCCCUUCCAGCAAGGCCUUACCCCGCCACAAAUGCCAGGUGACCACAUGAACCCCUAUGGAAACGACUCGAUUUUUCACGACAUUGACAGCGACACCUCGUUAACCAGCUUGAGUGACUGUUUCCUGGCCUCCUCGGAAGUCAGCUCCAUGCAGGCUAGGGUGGGGAACCCCAUUGACAGGCUAUACUCUAUGCAGAGUUCUUACUUCGCUUCAUGAAAUUCAAAGUGAAGCAAGCAAAUUCAACAGCGACCGCCCGCUGCCGCUUCACGAUAAGGACGCCAGUUGUUGCGAGCCGAAAUGCUCCCCUUGAAACUUGUGCUUCAGCUGGGACUCUUAACAGCCAUGUCCUCUUCCGCUCUUCCUUCGCACUGAUUUCAGCCACUGUGAUCACUGGCUCAUCCGAGUGAGGGAGACUUGAAGAAAAAAGACGGGUUCAAAAUCUUGCACCCAUGACCUCAAAAACAACAACAACAUUGGUUCAAGGAGUGAAAUGGAACAACUUUCUCCCAGACCUUCAAACAACCUUCCGACCUGUUUCUUCCCGGCCACCGUCAGCGUGAAAAAAAGAGAGAGAGAGAGAAAUCUCAGCAAACUUGACCCAUAGAAUGGAGUUUUCUGUGGCGGCCAUUUUGAGGUUGGCCAAUGUGAUCGGAGAAACCCGCUUCAUUCUUAUUGCAUGUUUCACCUUCUGUUGUGAAGCCACCGCUCUCAAACGUCUGCAAGAUAUUUUAAUGUAACUGAGAUUGGCGAGAGAGACCAUUUGUCAUUUGGGUACUUUAUUUUAUUUUAUUUUAUUUGCUUCGCCUUUUCACCCUCCCCGAACUUCCUGGAUGUUGUCUGUCUCUUCAGAUCUCUUGAACUGGCAGGGAGGGAAGGCAGAUCGGCGAACUUGGUGCAAAGAGGGGAAGAACCAGACGUGUCACAGUAAUUAUUAUGAUAUUUAAUUAAAAGGGAAAAGAGAGAGAGAGAGAAAAAAAGAAUGGAAGUCCCAAGAAGGUGCAUGAGGAAAGAGGGGGUUGGUUUUAGAUUAGUUGUAACCUUAGAAGCAAUUGAACGGAGCAGAAAGUAGCUCGGAGACACAUGGUCGCGUUUAAACUCAUUUGCCAACACAAAACAUUAUUAUUAUUUUUAAAAUGUGGUAAAUUCAUCCUUAGCUUUCAUGUCUGGCAGGUCCUCAGUUGAUCAUUCCCAUUGGUUCAUAAUUGUCCGUUUAAAUAUAUACUACCGCUGGUGAUCCCAGUAUGGACAAACUAGGACUUUCUUUCAUUCCAGUUUAUUUCCACCAGCCUCUGCCCCUUGAAGCGUUUCUGAAAUGUGAGUCAAGUAGU